CCGUGGGGAGGCUGCGGGCGGGCAGCGCAGGCGGACGGGCGGACGGACGGGUAGGCAGGCAGGCAGGCGGGGAGGCGCUGGCUCGCCUGCUCGCCCCUCGCUCCGGCGGUUCCGCGGCGCUGCCCGUGCAGCCGAGCCGCCGCCGGAGCGAAUGGGGAGGCGGCGCUGAGCGGGCUGCCCUCCGCGGUGGUGUCGGCGGGCAGGGGCAGCGGCGCCGCGGGCGAGCGAUGCCCCUCGCUCUGUUGCCUGCGCUGCCCUUCCUCCUCCUCCUCCUCCUCUUCCUCCUCCUGCUGCCGGCUUCGAAGCUUUUGUUCCCCCCGGCCGCUGCGAUGGCAGGGAACUUCCCGCAGGGAUGGGCUCAGGCCGGGGCUCCGCAGGGCGCCGGCCACGCUGCGAGGUUAUUUGGAAGAGGAAUGCUUUGCUGAACAGGACAGCGCAGGAUGACUUACAAUUCCUGUUCUUCAUGGGAGACUGUAUGGAUUGUCACUUUUGAAUGGAGAUCAGACGAAGCAGAAUUGAACGUAGCACUGAAGAUAAGAGGUGCCAUGGAUGUGUAUUGUAGCAGUCCCGGCAGAACACUACAGCUUCUUUCCCUCUUCAGUGUUCUUGGCUUGUGGAGUUAUAAGCCUCUGUGGAACUUAAGAUGGAAAUACUGACAUGAAUUUAAGAGCUUUGAUGCUUUCAGAUGUUGAACUCUGAUUUGGUAAAUGACCAGGAAUAAGAUACUGCCUGAACAAGCUGAAAUGCCUUGAAGACCUUUGGUUCUGCUUUCAUUCUUCCUGAAGCAAUGGUUUUCUCAGCAAUGUUGACACUGGCCAGUCCUGGGACCUCAAAUGCUACUUUUAUUGUUUAUGAAAAUGCCUACACGAAUUUUACCACUCCACAGUUCUUGCUUCGUAGUGGCACAACACAGCCAUUGAGAUAUAGUUCAGGUGCUGUGCUUACCACUGAGAGAAGUACUUUUCUGGUAAAUGCUACAGCUAUUCUGCCGUCGCAAGAAGUUUUCAGGAGCUUGAGUUUGCCACUCCAGAUCAUUCUUUCUGCUGCUAUGAUAUUUAUCCUAUUGGUUUCUUUCCUUGGAAACUUUGUUGUCUGCCUCAUGGUCUACCAGAAGGCAGCUAUGCGAUCUGCAAUUAACAUUCUCUUAGCAAGCCUGGCUUUUGCAGACAUGCUGCUGGCAGUGCUGAACAUGCCUUUUGCUUUGAUAACAAUCAUUACCACUCAGUGGAUUUUUGGGGAUAUAUUCUGCAGAGUCUCUGCCAUGUUUUUCUGGCUUUUUGUCAUAGAGGGGGUAGCCAUUCUUCUUAUUAUUAGCAUUGACCGAUUUCUUAUCAUAGUGCAGAGGCAAGAUAAACUGAACCCGUAUCGCGCAAAGAUUCUAAUUGUGAUUUCCUGGGCAGCAUCCUUUGUUGUUGCUUUUCCAUUGUCAGUAGGGAAUCCUAAUCUGCAGAUACCCUCGAGAGCACCUCAGUGUGUUUUUGGCUACUCUACCAACCCAGGUUACCGAGCGUAUGUGAUAGUUAUCUUGCUAAUUUCCUUUUUUAUUCCAUUCCUGGUAAUGCUGUAUUCUUUUAUGGGCAUACUCAACACCGUCCGCCACAAUGCAGUUCGUAUCCAUAGCCACCCUGAUAGCAUAUGCCUCAGCCAGGCCAGCAAACUUGGUCUUAUGAGCUUACAGAGACCUUUUCAGAUGAAUAUUGAUAUGAGCUUUAAAACUCGUGCCUUCACGACCAUCUUGAUUUUGUUCCUUGUCUUCAUAGUCUGUUGGGCACCCUUCACCACUUACAGCCUUAUUGCCACGUUCAACAGCCACUUCUACUACAAGCACAACUUUUUUGAGAUAAGCACUUGGCUCCUUUGGCUCUGCUACCUCAAGUCUGCACUGAACCCACUGAUUUACUACUGGAGGAUUAAGAAGUUUCAUGAUGCAUGCUUAGACUUGAUGCCCAAAUACUUCAAGUUUUUGCCACAGCUACCUGGCCAUACAAGGCGGCGCAUUCGACCCAGUGCCAUCUAUGUGUGUGGAGAGCAUCGGUCUGUAGUGUAAAGCUACAGCUGUAUGACAAUGAUUGAUUGUUAUUUUCUGGGAUUAUUUGAUUUUAGGCUUUAGGUUGAUUUUUGUUUUUGUUCCAUAUGGCUUUUUCAGUGUGGCCAUAUCUUAUAACUUGAUUAAAUUUUCUGUGCAAUUUUGGGAGGAAAGACGGAGGGGAGGUGAUCGGUUAUAGUUGGGUUUACUACCAGAAUACAAUCUACACAAAAUAACAAAUGUUACCUCUAGGAUUCCAUGGAAAUCCAUUCUUUUAAACAAAAAUUGCAUUUGUAACAUUUUGUCAGGUUUAUGCUUACUAGACCUGCAAUUGCAUCUAAUUGUAGGGAUUUUUUAUGCUGCUAAGAUACAGUAUAUUCAGUUGGUGUAAUUUUUCUGAAAAAUGUUGCUGCUGUCUGUCAAUAUAUUAGAGCCAAAAAGUCUCAUUAGAUAACUUCUAUUUAAUUUUAACAAUAUUUCAGAAGUUUUGGUGGUGACACUAUAAAACUUUUUUUCUUUUUUAAUAUUUCCAUUAAUAUUUUUGUGCACUUUAAAGAAAUUGCUAUAGAAUUUGUUCAUUGGAAUAUUUUGUUCUGUAUUGAAGGGGUAUUAUUGUUGUUAUUAUUUGUUAUAUUGGUGAAUUUCGAUGAAAGUCCCAUGUAAGCUCUAGGAGGGCAAUUUAUGUUGGUAUAGCUACAAUUAGAGUCAUGGAUUUGAUAUUUUCAAACAACUGAUCAGAAGUAGCAUUAACUGCUUAGUUCUGAGGGGAGUUGGAAGAAGAAAAGAAAGGGAAAGAAAGCAAUGGAAAUAUCGUAUCCCGAGGUUUAGGCUAAUAAAAGAUUUAGAAAAAGGGAGUUCACUUGAAAAUUGUUGGAGGGGGAAACGGUAGCUGUGGUGUGGUUACUUAAGGUUGUUAGACGCUAUCCAAGCCUAAUGACAUACAUGCCUGAAAAGCUGUCAGAAAUUGUGACUCUGUGCUGUCAGUUCACAGUAUGUUGGUGUAAUGCUGUUUCUGCAUGAAGAUCAUUUAAGGCUAGGUAUGCUCUAUAUGGCUGAAAUCAUGCUAUUAGGUGUUUAAUGGGAUAGAAUUAGGGAUAGUAGGGGAAACCUAUGUAGCCUACAUAGGAACAACUGUGGGGGACAGAAAUCCUUAUGACUUCUUUUCCAGUUUAAGUAUUAGAUUGAAACCAUAAUCUGGUACUAAUGAUUAACAGUUGGCCAGCAAAGUUUGCUAGGGAUGGAGUAAAGUUCCCCUUUUUCCCUCUGAGACUUCUUUACAUUCAUUUUUCUUUGCCCCUUUCCUUCUGUAGUGGCUGCUGCUUCAAGGGUUUACUUUACUGUUCUCAUGCAUUAGGCAUCGGGUUCUCCCCCUGAAAUGACAAACCACCCUUUUGGUUAGUACCAGGCUGUCUCGAUACCUGCCUGGAAAGUAGAAAGACAAAGGUCUUCCUUGACCAUAGCAAUCCAGGCUCAGAUGUUUUUCUUUUCAAUCAGCUAAAUAAAUAUUUAAUGAGAAGCAAGUAAAAAUAAGACUUAGGUUUGGGCUUUGAAGUGAGAUCCCCAGUUCCUCUGAGCCUAGGAAAGAAUGCUUGCAGAACUUGCGUGUUCUUGCAGCAGGUUUUCGGGGCUGUCUGUGAUGGGGUACAGGAGGAAUAAGGCACAAUGAACUUGUCAGCCAGGGCUAGGGGUUGGGCUUCUCUUGGUUCCAGCUGUCUGUCCAGCAUGGGGUCUCUUCAUUAUUCUUGUUCCUGAAGAGCAAAUAAGAGCAAUUUUAUCUAUUGCUGCAUGAAUGCUGAACUGAGUGUAUGAAGGAAAUGCUCUGUACUGCGUGGAUGUUCAGGGACUGCUUGCUCCUGGAGGCCAGCUAAGCGUUUCUAGCACAGAUUUUAUUCAAGUCUUCAGUGAAGAACUACUUUAACUGUAAUUUCUGUUCCUCUCAUUGACAAUUAUUGGUAAAAGUGUUGGCAAUUUUUACAUUUUAUGAGAAUAAAAGGAAUGAUUCUGAAUUUUAGUAAUUUCAUUUUUUAACAACAACAACAAAAAAAAGCUUGUUAAUGCACUGCUAUUGGAGGUUCUGGAUUGUGAAGACACCCUGGCGGGGCUGAUGUUAUUGAUGUCCAUGCUUUCUAUUCCUUGUCAACUUCACUGAUGAUAUGGAUUUUUCUGAUCAAAAUGAUAGGCGGUAAAGGAAUUCCGCUGUAAAACAGAGUGUUUUAGUGUGUCUUUGCAGUAUAGCUUUUAUUUCUCAAUUACAUUUACAUUGAUGGCAAAAGUUUAUGACCUGGGUUGUAUGGAUUUUCUGUUUCAGAGCUGUCAUCCUUGUUUACCUCUGAAAGCAGCAAAAUUGUGCUUAGAGUUAAUGUAAUAUGGUAAGAGUACACACUGUCUAAGAUGGCAGAACAGGUAUUUUUUGCUGUCUUCCAGAGCUAUGAUAUAAGGGGCUUGAACAAAUGUAAAAUAUAGUAAUUCAAAAAGGAAUGAGAAAUACAGGAAGGUGAGAUGGUUUUCUUGAAGGGGAGGGGAAAGGGAAAAGAUUGUUGGGGGGAUUUCAGAAUCUCUGAUAAGUACUUGCUGUGAAGUAUAAAUUGCAAACAUCAAAGAAAGUUAAUCUGUCUGAAUAACUUGGUGUUUGUUUAUUACUACUCUACCAAGGUUUCUGCUCAGAGCUGGGCCUGCUGAUACCUGGAGAAAAGAAACGCUAAUUGUGUAGCCCAAAUUCAAAAGCGACUGAGGUGGUGAUACAGUAUUCACACUUACCAGGUUUUAGAGAUGAUGACAGCAUGCAGUAAACAAAGGGUGUUCAAACAAACAUACAAAAAGGUGUCAGAGAAUAAUCCCCAGGAUAACUGUGUUUACAAAAUCAUUUGGCCUAUUGUAUCUAAUACACUGUCUUUAGAGCAGUGCCUUGAUUGUUACAGCUGAAGUUCUAGGACCAAGUUAAAGACCACUGAAACUGCUCAGUCUUACUGUCUGUGAUCCUGCCAAAAUAAGCCUGACCUUGCAAACAUCUGUAAUGUUAAAACAUCUGCAUGUUUGCAGAAUUAGGGGCUACUAAGGCAUUUUGGUGGGCUUGAUCAAGUCAGGAUUUUAAAAAAUAAAGUUGAUCGUUCUCGAUUCUACAGGCAAAUUACAACAGUCUUCUCCAGAAAUUACACUGGUUACUAAACUGCAUUCCCUUAUGUUACAUUUUCAGAAGUCUUUGAUGUGGAGGAUGGAAAUGAAUGUAUUUUCAAUUAUGUUUGUUUAAUUCAUUCUGUGAAAGCAUGCUGCUUACACAAGGCUCAUUUGUAGAAAUCUAUUGCUAAAAUGAUUCUUUUGUACUCAAAGUUGUGUAUUUUUGACAUUUGUUACUCAUGUAAGAAAUUUAUGUAUUUAGAUACGAAAAUUGUUUUGUCUCUUACUGUUUUCUGUUACUUUCUUAAUUUGUAUGCCAGAUGCUUUUAUAUUUUCUUUUGAAUUUGGGCACAUGCAUAGACAGUUGCAAGACUUUAGUGGUCUUUCUGUAACCAUUUGAAACUUUCAAUUCUCAAAUCAUUCAACAGUGCCCUCCUAGAGAGAGAUCUUGAUUUAUUUUUAAGUGAAAAAUAAAAAUUCAGAGCACAAGUUUGUUGUGGUUGCAAUGGUGACAAAUUUCUUAAGUCCAGUUUUCUAGGAGACACUACUUUGCCAUUAUGGACUGGUUUGAUUUUUUUUUUUUUUGGAGGAAUAGUCAUUUUCUGAAGAAAACUUGAACUACUCUUUGAAAACAACCUGUUAAAUAGAAUGGUAUUGUCUUUUCUAUGCCUGUGAACAUACCUGAGAAAUAAAGAAACAAACAAACAAAAAGAGCAUUCUCAAAAAAAUGUGGUUAAAGACUGUACAAUUGCUAUAUAUUUGUAUAUUCACAACCUAAG